AUGGGACUGGAUUCCCCAUCAGUCACUCUUAUCAUGGAAUGUGUGACUUCCGCUCAUUUCGCAAUCCAUUGGAAUGGCCGGCCCUCUUCAGAAAUCUACCCUUCACGGGGUCUCCGCCAAGGGGAUCCGAUUUCCCCUUACUUGUUUGUUAUCAUUAUGGAGCGCCUCACUCGAACCAUCAAUCGGGAGGUCAGUGCGGGAAAUUGGACUCCCGUUAGGCUGACUUGUGGAGCGAGACUUGCGAUUAACUUGAGUAAGUCCCAAAUUGUUUUCUCAGAGGCGACCUCUGAUGCGAAUCGUAAUCGUAUAUGUCACUGUCUCUCCAUUCCAACGACGAAAGCCUUUGAUAAAUAUUUGGGUUUCCCCAUUAUUGCGGGACGGCGCAAGGUAUCCCAUUUUGAAUUCAUCCUUGAGCGUAUCUCUGGGCGACUACCCCCGUGGCACGCUAAAUUUCUGAACAAGGCGGCCCGAACUACAUUAGCGCGCUUGGUUCUAUCAACGCUAUGCUUGGGAAAAAAAGUUAGCGAAUACAUUGAAGGCGUUUCAUCACUCUGGGUUGAGGUUUUGUCUGACCGCUUUGGCAAGGGGUACGAUGGGAUUAAAAAGUCCAAGAUCCAGUCUUCUUCUGUCUGGACAACAAUGAGGCGGUGCUUUUCUAUCAUUGAGACUGGGUUCACGUACAAGAUAGCACAUAUUUCGGAGGCACUGAAGGAUGCCCGUAAUAUUUAUCUUCACCCAUCAGUGCCAGACAAGUGGUGUUGGUCUGUUGGUAGUAAAGGGAAAUAUUCAGUGGCGUCUUGUUAUGAGUGGCUGCUGAAUCAGAGUUAUAACACGAUGAUGUCGUGGAAAAAGAUUUGGAGGCAUGAUGUUCCAGAAAAAAUAAAUUUUUUCUGUUGGCUUAUUGUGCAUUGUUCGCUUCCUACGACGGAUCUUCGCCAUCGACGGCAUCUCGAAACAACGGGUGCUUGCACAAUUUGCGGAGAUGGAACGGAGACCUGGGUGCACAUGUUCUUUGAGUGCCCGUGGACUACGCAGGUUUGGGCCAGGGUGUUCGGAAAUCCUCCCAAGUCUCCCUUUGUUGUUGUAAAGGAAAUUCUGUCUUCUUUCCAAUGGUGGAAGGAUACACGGUUGCGGGCAGAUAGGCUUGUGGAUGGGGUAUGCCAUGACACUUUGCCGAAAACAGUAACAUGGAACCCCUUUCAGUGUACGGGUAUGAUCUUGCAUACAGACGGUUCGUCCAUGGGUAAUCCGGGACCUUCCGGAUUUGGGGCUCUUUUGCGCACUCAUGAGGGGGUGUGGAUUGAGGGUAUUUCAGGUAACAUUGGGAUUGCAGAUAAUACUUUGGCCGAGGUAGUUGCUAUUUUCGAAGGGUUAUCUUUAGCAGUUGCUCGGGGGUGUACAACUCUUACCUGUUACUCGGACUCGCAAGAGGCUCUCAGGUUGAUUAACACGACAUCAGUUACUACUCAUGUUAUGGGAGGGCUCAUCAUGAACAUCAAGGAUAAGAUUAGUUCGAUCCAGCAUAUUCGGUUUUUUCACCUUUGGAGGGAGGAAAAUUCUGUUGCAGAUUGCUUGGCAAGGAGGGGAUCCAAGGAGGAAGCUUUCUUGACUACUUGGGCGUUUCCCACGGACGAUUUACUGACUCUAUUGGCUAAGGACGCAGCUAUGUUUCCUUACCCGCGCUUAUAA